GAGUCAACGGGCAAAGUCUCUGGGGUGCGUGUUAGCUAAUCUGGGGAGGGCCGGUCAUCAUGCGGAGUCAAAUCAACCUGACUGGUCAGCAGAAUGGCACGGUGACCAUCCCUGUUAUUGUAUGGGCGGCGGCUCUUCGGCUGAGCGCUUGGAGACGUUAAAAGCGACGGCCUGCCGCUGUCUGAGAUCGCGUGGCCCCAGAAUUUUCUCCUUCUGCUGCAUCUCAUUUGCCUACCGUAUCCUGCACCUCUUCUUAGACACAUUGACCCACGGCUUGGUCCUCCGAUCUGAGGUGCUCCGCACCUAGACUCCUGUCAUGGAUAAGAAAAUCAAUGACCCUGAAGCGCCUGCCUUGACGUCUCGGCAUCUUGAAUCAGUCGAGAAACAAGAUGCAGCGGAGACAGCCCGGGUUUGGUCUCGGGAUGUUAUACAAAAGGAUACUAACACCAAGCUGAAGAACCCCCUCGUAGGGUUGACUCGGGAGGAGCUUUACCGCGAUGUCGAAGAGUUUGCUCGGGAGAAAGAUCUCGAGCACAUAGUGGAACAGCUCAAACGGGGCGCGCUGGUGGCCCAGGAUCCGAAAGCCUUUGAGGAAUUGAGUGAGUUGUCUGAAGGGGAGAAGGAACUCCUCCGACGCGAGAAAACGCACAGAUGGAAUCAGCCUUUUAUGAUGUACUUUAUGACCAUUCUCUGCGCUGGUUCCGCAAUUGUGCAGGGAAUGGAUCAAACCGCCGUGAACGGAGCACAAGAGUAUUACUUUGAGGAGUUUAACCUCACCAAUUCGUGGAUGCAAGGCCUAGUGAAUGGCGCUCCAUAUCUUUGUUCAGCUGUUAUCGGUUGCUGGACUACAGCUCCGCUAAAUCGCUGGUUUGGACGACGCGGUUGUAUUUUUAUCUCCUGCUUUGUCUCGUUUGCUUCCUCCUUCUGGAUGGCAGCCGCCCACACCUGGUGGAAUCUCCUGCUGGGUCGCUUCUUGCUAGGAUUUGCGGUGGGUGCGAAGUCAACGACUACUCCAGUCUACGGCGCUGAAUGUGCGCCGGCUAAUAUACGUGGUGCCCUGGUAAUGAUGUGGCAGAUGUGGACGGCAUUCGGUAUCAUGUUGGGCUAUAUUGCUUCUGUCGCGUUCAUGGAUGUGACUCAUUCAACCAUCCCAGGUUUCAACUGGAGGCUCAUGCUGGGGUCAACCGCCAUUCCUCCGUUCUUCGUUUGUAUCCAGGUUUAUAUGUGCCCCGAGUCACCGCGAUGGUAUAUGAUCCGCAACCGCUACCAGGACGCGUUCAAGGCACUUUGCAAGCUGCGCCCAUCAGAAUUUCAAGCUGCGAGGGACCUUUACUACAUUCACUCCGCCUUAAAAGUGGAAGAGAAGCUCCGCGAAGGCAAACACCUCUGGCGCGAGAUGUUCACCGUCCCCCGCAACCGGCGCGCCGCCCAAUCAUCUUUCUUCGUUAUGUUCAUGCAGCAGUUUUGCGGCGUCAACGCAAUAAUGUACUAUAGUUCGAGUAUGUUCCGAGAUGCCGGGUUUGACCUCCGAACGGCGCUUGUUGUGUCUCUCGGAUGCGGCAUCACGAACUGGAUAUUUGCUCUCCCGGCGGUGUAUACAAUCGAUACCUUUGGUCGGCGCAACCUUCUCCUGACCACGUUCCCUUUGAUGUGCCUGUUCCUGCUCUUUACCGGCUUUUCUUUCUACAUCCCCGAUCAGACUCCUCGGACGGCCUGUGUCGCAACCGGGAUCUACCUGUACAUGAUUGUUUACUCGCCGGGGGAGGGACCUGUGCCUUUCACAUACUCCGCCGAAGCAUUCCCGUUGUACAUCCGUGACAUUGGCAUGUCGUUUGCAACCGCCACAACCUGGGGCUUCAACUUCAUCGUGUCGCUCACAUGGCUCCCUCUGCGGGAUGCAUUCAGUGUCCAAGGGGCGUUCGGGUGGUACGCGGCAUGGAACUUUUUUGGGUGGAUUUUCUGCUAUUUCUGCCUGCCAGAAACCAAGGCGCUUUCCCUGGAAGAAUUAGAUCAGGUCUUCUCCGUGCCUACUACUAAGCAUAUCAAUCACUAUCGUGGCAUGAUUCCAUGGUAUGUGAAAAAGUACAUCCUCCGUCGGGAUGUGCCACCACAGAAACAGCUGUAUGAUUACGAGUGAUGUCAAUCAAGGCUUGCGUUUGGAAUGAUGGGGGCACUGGACUCACGCGUCAGGAGUAGACGAUUGAUGGCAGUAUGGAUAUUAAUAAGGAUUCCGGUACUAAUUAAUAGGAUGUGUUGGAAUGGUUUUUGUUUUGCUUGCGCUGCUUGUUGUCCCCACCGGUGGAUCAUGAUUAAGUAGUAGUUAGUAGUAGUAAUGUGACUACUGCGAAUUAUCA